GCUGAAACAUACGUGGACCUGGGCCGAUUGAUGAAUAGGUAAAGAUAGAAAAAAGGUCAACAAAAAGUGCAGAUUUUGAACCCACAAACCACAAAUCCUACUUUUGGUUAUUGUCUUUAAUGUACAUUUGCCAAAUACCCAAACUCAACAAUGGUUAGGUGUUAGGAGUCGUAUGUAGUCAAAGGGAAUACUGCCAUUGUUGUUGCCUCCUUCUUGGCCACCGUCAAAGGCCACAAACCAAAUUUUUUUAAGGCUAAAGCUAGAGCAUCUGAAAUAAAAUACUACUAAAGAGUUCAUAUAAAGGAAAAGCAAUCCUCUGUUACGCCAUUUCUAUUUUCCCCUUGUUUUUGUUUCUACUGGCCGCAUACUAAUUUCUCCUCCUCUUCUGGGUUCUCUCUUUUCUGAUAGAGGGGACUUAGUUGAGAAGAAGGAGAAUAAAGGGUCUCUUUAGGUGGUGGUAAUUUUGAUCAGCAGCCAACCUGCCCCCGGUGAAGGAGAGGAGUUGUACUCUGCAAAAUUUUGAAAUGGGUAGGAAAGGAUUGAAUUGGGCUAAUGACAGUGGUGGUGGUGAUGUGGUAUUGGCGAAUUCUGGAAUUGGUUUUCUGUGGUGCCCCUUGGAUAUAAAGGAAAGUGAUAGCCGGGGUGGGUUUUUUGCAAGCGUGGGACAAGUUGGAAUGGGUUUUGGCGUAUCCCCGAAUUCGGGUUCUGCUGAUAAUGGCUUGAAGUUUGCAAAGUCCAACUUAAUGGAGAAAUGCAUGUUGACAGAACCUAAUAUUAGGAUUGGGGGAGCAGUUCCGGAGUUGUUGGCUGCUGGUGAGUGUGAGUUAGGAGAGAAAAGGACAUUGAAGGAGAAGAAAGCUAAAAAGGGUGGUUUUAAAUUUAAAAUAAAGGUUGAGAACCCUUCAUUGAGAAGGUUGAUUAGUGGCGCAAUCGCAGGUGCAGUGUCUAGGACAGCAGUUGCGCCGUUGGAGACAAUAAGGACACAUCUAAUGGUGGGCAGCUGUGGAGGCUCAACGAAUGAAGUGUUCCAGAAUAUUAUGAAUGAAGAAGGGUGGACUGGAUUGUUUAGAGGUAAUAUGGUGAAUGUCAUCAGGGUUGCACCAAGCAAGGCUAUAGAGCUGUUUGCUUAUGACACGGUUAAGAAGCAGUUGACACCUAAACCUGGAGAGCAACCAAUACUGCCUUUCCCUGCUUCACCAAUUGCUGGUGCCAUGGCUGGAAUUAGUUCAACUUUGGUCACAUAUCCGCUUGAGCUGCUAAAAACGAGACUAACUGUGCAGAGGGGAGUUUACAAAAACUUUCUAGAUGCUUUUGUGAGAAUUGUGAAAGAGGAGGGACCAGCAGAGCUCUACAGGGGCCUCACCCCAAGCCUAAUUGGGGUUAUUCCAUAUGCCGCUACGAACUACUUUGCUUAUGACUCAUUAAGGAAGGCAUACAAGAAAAUCUUCAAGCGGGAGGAUAUUGGAAAUAUAGCGACUCUUUUGAUAGGAUCGGCAGCGGGGGCUAUUUCAAGUAGUGCAACUUUCCCUCUCGAGGUGGCUCGGAAACACAUGCAAGCCGGGGCUCUGAAUGGGAGACAAUACCAGAACAUGCUUCAUGCCCUUAUAAGCAUACUUGAGCAUGAAGGUGUCCCUGGAUUGUACAAAGGAUUGGGUCCAAGUUGCAUGAAACUAGUACCUGCAGCUGGAAUUUCUUUUAUGUGCUAUGAGGCUUGCAAGAAAAUACUGGUGGAAAAUGAAGAAGAUGCGUAGAAGCUUAAGAGAUGAAAAAGGGACUGACUGUUUAGAGAUGUUUUAGGUUUCGAUACAGAGCCAGAAUUUUUAUGAGGAUUGUAUCUUUUGAUUUGAGGUUCUCUUGACUUAUUUUUGCCGGAAAUUCUGCUUCUUGGAAGAAACAAAUAAAGUCCUUUCUCUUGACUUGCAUAACAAAUGUGAAUUUAUUAGUUGUGCGUUGAUUUUGCUUGAGAAAAAUCAUGCAUGUUAGUAAUCUGAGUUGACAUUUUGAUAGGCGGAUGUUGUAAUGCUUGGUCAUUUGACCCUUGAUAGUUGUUAGUAGCUUUUACAGUAGCUUACACGUGAAUUUGCUUAAACAAUUCGUGGCUCUAAUGUUCGGAUUAGCUUCGUAGUUAUUACAUGAAGCUGUCUGUGAUAUGAUACUCAGCUAGUCAGCUCUACAAAAUGUUUCCAGAAAUGCG